UGCAUUUGUCGCCUCUCAUACUCCAACAUUAUAAAGUAACUAUAAACCAAUCUCAUUGAAAAGUAUAAUCGACCAUUACUACGAAGACAGCAAGAUCAGGUUAAAUAAAUGUAAAUGUCUAAAGAUGAAUUGAAAUUUCAAAUGGAAUAUGCUUCCACAUACGAAGACUGGCUUCAGGCCGCCGAAAAAUUGGAUAUGGUAGAAGGAAAAUACGAAUGGCGGAAAUAUCCCGAAUCAGAUGAGUAUAAUUACAAGUUAGUUGAAAGCAGGCUUCAUGAAUUAAAGAAACUUCGGCUUGCUGGAGACGUACGGCUCAUGUUUGGAGUAUUACAAAAUUCAGUUGCGAGAGAUUUUGGAAACCUGGAUAACAGUCAAUUGUACAAUUAUGCUCAUUCUGGAACAAAGAAACUUAUUGAUGAGUUUAUUCAGGAAGUUCUUUACUGUCUCGAGUUUCUGGAAGAGACCCCGGUGCUAUCACUGGAGGAAAAGCUGGUUGAGUUCUCAAAACUGAAGUUUACUGUAGGAAAUACAGCUUUAAUCUUGAGUGGUGGAGGAACUUUUGGAAUGAAUCAUAUAGGUGUUUUGAAAGAUUUGUAUGAACAAGGUCUCAUACCCAAAAUCAUUUGUGGUUCUUCUGCCGGAGCCAUUGUUGCAUGCGCUGCAGGUGUACGAAACAGUGAAGAACAAAAGAUACUGUUAAAACAGUUUCACACAGGUGAUCUCAAUGUAUUUACAGAUCCAAACGUUCCUCCGCUUCCUUUGUGGACAAGUGUAAAACGCUUUUUUACAAAGGGAUGUGUCUUGGACAUUUGUCAUUUGGAAAGGGUCAUGAAGCUUUUGAUUGGCGACUUUACCUUCCAAGAAGCAUAUAAUCGAUCCGGUUAUAUUUUGAAUGUUACAGUCUCUUGUGGGAGCUCGUAUGAGAUGCCGAGUUUGUUGAACUACAUAACUACUCCGAACGUUCUCAUUUGGAGUGCGGUUGUAGCGACGUGUUCAGUGCCGGUUUUAUUUCAACCCGCAACACUGUGGGAAAGAGAUCCAUUGACACGAGAAGUCAGGGCUUUUUGCGUAACUGAUGCCCCUCUGUGGAUGGAUGGUUCGGUCGACAAUGAUAUUCCACACUCAAAGCUCACCGAAUUGUUUCAUGUGAAUCACUUUAUUGUAUCGCAAGUGAACUUUCAUAUCGUACCCUUUAUCAUGGACCCCGCUUCUCAUAGUUGGUUGGAACGAUGUACGAAAAAGGUAAUUGAUCUUGCAGCGCAAGAGGUGAGUCUUACGUUUCGGCUUUUAUCGGAAAUGGGGAUUUGCUCUACUCUGUUUACCAAGCUGCAGUCUGUUAUUACGCAGAAAUACUCUGGUGACAUUACAAUUCUUCCAAAACUGAAUUAUCGACAAGUUAAAAAAGUGAUUCAAAACCCAACACCUUCAUUUUUGCUCGACGCUAUGGCAAGAGGAAAACGCGGAACAUGGAAGAGGAUCCCAGUGACUCGGAAUCACUGCGCUAUUGAAAUGUUUCUUGAAAUUGCGUACGCAAGGAUCGUCAAAAAACUACAAGCUGAAGGAAAAACAAAACGUGAAAUUGAUAUGAUUCCUUAUCGAUCGAACAUUACUCAUCUAAACACACGAGCGAAGUAAAAGAAAAGAAAAACACAAACACAGAAAAAAUUUUUGGGAAAUCUGCAACAAGAAUGGAAUUAAAGGGUUUGCAUAUAUAUAUAUAUAUAUAUGUACUUUUCCAUGCUCCCCUUUUCAGUGGACCUGAGGAAAUGACAGUAUACAAUCAUCCUUCCUCUUCCAAUUUUGCAUGCUUCUUUAUACUGAACUAUUUAUUUACCUAAUUUUCUUCAUACCUCAUACUUUGAAUACGAAAAAACUCAACGUAUCUUUGGUAUAAUGAUUUGCAUGAUAAGAAUGUUAGCAAAGGUUUUCGUACCCGAAUGAAGGGGAAAAUAGUUUCCUUAAUAAGUAUUUCGAAAUUCCAUCGCGCUGUUACUAAUAUGAUAACGCUUUUCAUGUAGUGAUUGAUAAUACCUUCUUCGUACGGGAACAUAACAAAAGGCUCCUGGCAUAUGAUUGGCCGUCAAAUAACGACGACGGAAUAAUGUCCUAACUUCUGGACAACGAUCAGUAGAUCGAAAUGUUUUCUGGGGAAAGGGUACCUCCACUGUGGGUAAACCCAUGUCCUAAGCCAAUCAAAUUGUAGUGACGAUGAUAAGAUUAACUGUCACUUUUCUUGACGCAGACAUACCGAAAGUUUUCUUUCUCCGCUAAAGAACAUCCAAUGGAGUCCAUCAUACGGGAAAUACGAAACAACAAAGAGAAGAUGUAUUCUAGUGAAAGAAGUGACACCAUGAUAAAAUACGAAAAAAAAAUUUUUUUAUUAUGCAUGUACUUCCCAAAUAGAAUUGGUUUUGUUUUCAUUUUUACUCUAGGUUUUUAUAACUAAUUUUCAGACUAUUUUUCCAGUUUCUUGACUUGUGGUCUCGCAUGAACGCUGCUCUCAAGGGGCUUCUUUUUCUCCACUACAUGGAAUAACCAAUUACAUUUAAGAGAAACGGGACGGGUCGGACGUCUGCAAAAAAGUGGAACACAGUUCCCUUGUCUCCUAGUGUCGAGAGUUUCUCCACAUUAUAAAAGUAUGGAUACAGCAAGCUUGAAACAUCAAUGUGGGGCAUUCAGUAAAUAAGCACACCAACUUAUAGCGCAGAACCUGAAUACGAUACAAAUAAAAAUAAAUUAUCUUCUGAAAUCAAUUG